CCCCAGUACAUCCAGACCUCGGACACGCACUACGCCAUCACCCCGCACAACUUCCAGUUCCGGUACCAUGUCAGUUCCGCAGCCCAAGCGGGCUGCUCGGUCCUGGACGAAGCCUUCCUGCGCUACCGUGGCCUGCUCUUCGGUUUGCGGUCUGGGUACAGUGCCCUCCCCAGCGCUGUCGUCUCAGUGUCCAAGGUUUGGUUACCCAUCUUCAUUCACUUGACUGAGCUGACUUCUGGGACCAGGAUUUAUGCACAAUCCUGCCCUUGGGCCAUAUUUCACCCUCAAUGCCUGCGGUAGGACCACAGUUCAACCAAGUCAAAUUACUGAAAAUACUACGCCAGUAGACAUAUCAAGGGAUCCCUCUGACAGUGUUCAAGUGUCGCAGGGUCCUAGUGAGGCUGUGACCAGGGCUGGGUAGAGGAUACCAGAGCUGACACCAAAAGUCGGAAGAAAGAGUACAUUGGAGAAGAAUUCACUGGUUGUCCUUGUGGUCACUCCUGGAUGUGACCAGCUUCCUUCUUUGGAGUCGGUGGAGAAUUGUAAGUACCACACUGCUUGCUGUUCUAGAAGAGCCAGCACUUGUCUGGAGCUAUCCCUGAUGGCCUGGCCUAAGUUGCCGAUGGUAGACCUGGAGCCCUCCGCGACUUAGAGACCUCGGUCACCAAGUACUGAGAGCCACGGAAGACACCCUGACCAUAAAUGAUGAGCAAUGUUUCCUCCACUCUGAGACUGUCUGGGGUGCUCUCCGAGGUCUAGAGACUUUUAGCCAGCUUGUUUGGAGAUCUCCUGUGGGCACGUAUUUGAUCAACAAGACAGAGAUUGAGGACUUUCCCCGCUUCCCCCACCGGGGCUUGUUGUUGGAUACAUCUCGCCAUUACCUGCCACUGGCCAGCAUCCUGGACACUCUGGAUGUCAUGGCCUAUAAUAAAUUCAAUGUGUUCCACUGGCAUCUGGUCGAUGACCCUUCCUUCCCAUAUGAGAGCUUCAGUUUUCCAGAGCUUACCAGAAAGGGGUCCUACAACCCUGCCACCCACAUCUACACACUGCAAGAUGUGAAGAAGGUUAUUGAACAUGCACGGCUUCGGGGUAUCCGUGUGUUGGCAGAGUUUGACACUCCUGGCCACACUUUGUCCUGGGGACCAGGUGUCCCUGGAUUAUUGACUCCUUGCUACUCUGGGGCUCGGCCCUCUGGCAUCUUUGGACCAGUGAAUCCCAUUCUCAACAGUACCUAUGAGUUCAUGAGCUCAUUCUUCUUGGAGGUCAGCUCUGUCUUCCCAGAUUUUUAUCUUCACCUUGGAGGAGAUGAAGUUGAUUUCUCCUGCUGGAAAUCCAACCCAGACAUCCAGGCCUUUAUGAAGCAGAUGGGCUUUGGCGGUGACUUCAAGCAGCUGGAAUCCUUCUACAUCCAGACGCUGCUGGACAUCGUCUCUGCCUAUGGCAAGGGCUGUGUGGUGUGGCAGGAGGUGUUUGAUAAUAAAGUAAAGGUUCGGCCGGAUACAAUCAUCCAGGUAUGGCGACAAAAGAUACCAGUAAACUAUUGGAAUGAGCUGCACCAGAUCACCAGUGCUGGCUUGCGCGCCCUGCUCUCUGCUCCCUGGUAUCUGAACUGGAUAAGUUACGGCCCUGACUGGAAGAACGCCUACAUGGUGGAGCCCCUGGCCUUUGAAGGUAGCCCUGAGCAGAAGGCUCUCGUGAUUGGCGGUGAGGCCUGUAUGUGGGGGGAGUACGUGGACAGCACCAACCUGGCCCCCAGACUCUGGCCCAGAGCAGGGGCUGUUGCUGAGAGGCUGUGGAGCAACGAGUCAGUGACUAACCUGGACUCUGCCUAUAAACGUUUGGCAGAUUUCCGCUGUGAGCUGCUGAGGCGAGGUGUCCAGGCCCAGCCUCUCAAUGUGGGCUACUGUGAACAGGAGCUUGAACAGACCUGAGCAAGCAGCCCCAAGCACUGAGGAAGGUGCUGGCCCUAGGAGAGUGGUAGUGGGGCCAAGCCUCCAUUACAUCCCGGCCGGGGGAUGGAGCCUCUUGCCCACGUGUCCCUGCGCUUGGAAGAAGGAGGUUGGUGCUGGUGCCCAAUAAAGAGUGACUUGGCAUUUUUCUAUAA